AUGCAAACAGUCUGUUUGAUUUUGUUGUUGCUGGUACCGGUUGCAUUAGGACAAUCUGAUUUCGAAGCACUUUUGGAGGUCAAGAAGGGCUUUGAGAAAGACCCAUCUGGGAAAGUUUUUGAUUCAUGGGACAGUAAGUCCUUGACAUCUGAUGGGUGUCCUCAGACCUGGUAUGGAGUUGUCUGUGUUAAUGGUCGUGUGGUUUCAAUCAGUCUAAAUGAUGUUGGUCUUACUGGAAACUUUAGUUUCCCUGUUCUUGCUGGCUUUAAAAUGCUUCGAAACUUGUCAAUUUCGAACAACCAGUUAAUGGGUACUAUCUCGAAUGUUGGUUCCAUUGAGUCCCUGGAGUUUUUGGAUCUCUCAUCCAAUUUGUUUCAUGGGUUUUUACCUUCUGGGGUGGCAAAGUUGAAGAAUUUAGUGCUCUUGAAUCUUUCUUCGAACAAUUUUGAAGGCAUUGUUCCCUCUGGUUUUCGCAAUCUUGAGAGCUUGGAGUAUUUAGAUUUGGGGCAUAAUAGCUUUUCCGGGGAUAUAAUGGGUCUUCUUUCCCAGCUGGGCAGUGUUGUUCAUGUUGACUUAAGCAGCAAUCAAUUCUCAGGUUCAUUGGAUUUGGGGCUUGGAAAUGCUAGUUUUGUUUCAUCAAUUAAGUAUUUGAAUAUAAGCCAUAAUUCCUUGGUUGGUCAGUUAUUUGCUCAUGAUGGAGUGCCAUAUUUCGACAGUUUAGAGGUCUUUGAUGCUAGCAAUAAUCAGAUAACAGGUGCUAUACCUCCUUUCAAAUUUGUUGUGUCACUUCGGAUUCUUAGACUUGGGAGCAACCAGUUAUCAGGCUCUUUACCAGAAGCUCUUCUGCAGGAUAGCUCUACAGUGUUGACUGAGCUGGAUCUUAGCCUCAAUCAACUUGAAGGUCCAGUAGGAAGUAUCACCUCUACAACUCUGAAGAAGCUGAAUAUAUCUUCAAACAAACUUUCAGGCCCUUUACCAACUACUGUAGGGCACUGCGCCAUCAUUGAUCUGAGUAAUAAUAUGCUCUCAGGGAAUUUUUCCAGAAUCCAGAAUUGGGGAAAUUAUGUGGAAGUUAUUCAGUUGAGUUCAAACUCAUUGACAGGGACUUUGCCUAACCAAACUUCUCAGUUCUUGAGGCUGACUACACUGAAUAUAUCAAACAACUCAUUAAAUGGUGAUCUUCCACCGGUGUUGGGUACAUACUCAGAGCUAAAAGUGAUUGAUCUUAGUCUCAAUUUUCUUACCGGGUUCCUCCUUCCAGAUUUCUUCACCUCAACAACAUUGACUGACCUCGACCUGUCAGCCAACAAUUUCACAGGGGAAAUACCUCUUCAGGAGGUCCAAGACUCCAGACAAAAUUUGAGUUUGGUGUCUCUUGACCUGUCACAUAACUCUUUAGAUGGCUCUUUGCCCCCAGAAAUCAGUAAGCUCCAUAACCUGUUGUACCUUGACCUAUCUAACAACAAACUGAAUGGCAGCAUCCCUGCGGACCUUCCUGACGGAUUGAAAGGACUUGAUGUGUCUUCUAAUAAUCUUUCUGGUGUGGUUCCUGAUAACUUGAGGCGGUUUCCUGAUUCAGCUUUCCAUCCAGGAAAUUCUUUGUUGAUUUUUCCUUAUCUGCCAUUCUCACCAAAGGGGGCUCCAGCCCUGGUAAAUAUAAAGGGGGUCGAUCUCGUAUGA